CCUAAUAGUAUAUUUUCAGUAAACAACAACAGUUGUGUUUCACCUACAGAAUUUGACCCGGCCACUGAUUACAAAUAUGAUAAGUUAAGACAUAUUUUUCCAUUGGAAGGGCAUAGCAAAAAACAUCUUUGCUUCCUAAAAUUCAAUAAAGAAUUACUGAAAGGAUCUACUGAAGAAGAUGGCCAAGAAACAAGCAUGGACGCACAUGCGCCAAGUAUUUCAAUAUGCGGUCAAUUCGGUGCAUCCGGAAAAUAUAUUCGCUAACUAUAAUAGAUAUGAUUUGCGACCUCAAGAGCAGGACCAGCGUGUCUAUAUCAAGUUGGACGGACGGGAGCAUGAUAUAACUGACAAGACCUGUCAUAUUGUGGGUUUUGGCAAGGCUGUCCUGGCCAUGGCCAACAAAGUGCAAUACGAUCUGGGCCAAUAUGCCGCUGGUGGUGUGCUCAGUGUGCCACUUGGCAGCAUGCAGCAGUACAAACAACAGCCCAUCUGCCCAAAGAUGGUUAUAUACGAGGGUGCAGCCAACAAUCUGCCCGAUGAGAUGGCACUGAAAGCGGCACAGGAAAUAAAGAAGCUAGCUGAGUGCAUGACUGACAAGGAUGUGCUCUUCGUGUUCAUCUCUGGCGGUGGUUCGGCGCUGUUGCCACUUCCCAAAGCACCGCUGACGCUACAGGACAAGCGCAGCAUUGUGGAUAAGUUGAUGAAGCGUGGAGCGAGCAUACAGGAGCUGAACACGGUGCGCAUUGCCUGCUCGGAGAUUAAAGGUGGUCGCCUGGCGCAGGCAGCCAGAAAGGCAAAUGCGAUAAUCACCUUUGUGCUGAGCGACAUUGUUGGUGAUCCACUGGAGCUGAUUGCCAGCGGACCCACAGUGCAACCAAGUGAAGGCGGUGAAUCAACUGCGGAGAUACUAAAGAGGCACCAAGUGUGGCCUGAAUUAUCGGAGCAGCUGCAGCAACUAUUUGUGGCGCAGCAGCAGCAGCAACAGCAAACUGUUGAUAAUGGCCAAGUUUUUGUUGUGGGCAGCAAUGUUUUAGCCACCACAGCGGCUGUGCAGGAAGCCACCAAGCUGGGCUACAUAUCCUGUGUGCUCAGCUGCGCCAUUCAAGGUGAUAUCAAUAACGUUGCUGCGGAUUAUCAGCGAUUGCUCCAUGGCAUACAGGAGUUCAAGCAGCGCACAAUCAAUCAACAGCAACUACGCGAAAGAUUUGCCUACAGCGAGCAGAGCUUUCAGGAUUUUCUGAAAGCACUCGAACAGCAUGUGGCAACUAAGGCGCCAAUGUUUCUCAUCUGUGGUGGCGAACCGGUCAUCAAGGUCACUGGGCAGGGUUUGGGUGGACGCAGUCAGCAUUUGGCGCUGCUGAUGUCACAGAUGCUGCAUCGCGAUGAGACGCUGAGUGGGUGCAGUUUUUUAAGCGCCGGCACUGAUGGCAUUGAUGGCCCAACGGAUGCUGCAGGUGCCAUUGGUGAUAGUGGUGUCAUUGAAUCCUAUCUAAGCAGCCAUACGCUCGACGAGCUGGCUGAGGUCCUGCGCAAUUGUGAUAGCUACAAUUUUUACAAGCGACUGGAGGAUGGGGAACAUCAUCUGAUUAUGGGACACACUGGCACCAAUGUAAUGGAUCUACAUUUCUUGGUUGUGCCGUAAUAGUUGGGGUUGGGUUUUUUGGCGUUUGAUCUUGAAACUCGGCGUGGCAUAGUUUCAAUUUGUUUAAUAAGUGUUGCAGACAGUUUUUACGAUUUUCCUGCUUAAUGUUCUUAUGAAUUUUUACGACUCGUUUCAUUAACGUUUUUAAUAUGCAUUUAAAUACGCUAAUUCUCUAUUCUGUGCUCUUUAUGCUCAAGUGACAAGCAUAAAAUCGCAAUUAGCUUUUUCCUCUCAAUAAAAAUUAAAAUACAAAAAAAUUCAAAUACAAAGAAUGUGUGUCUUAUGAAAUCAGCAAUCAGCAAUAAUAUAUUUUUUGGCUACCAGAUGAAUUGUGUUGAUUUUAUGGCUAUUCUCAUAAAUGUGUGAUAAAUCAAAUGAUAUAUCUAUCUGCUGUAUGUAAAAAAAAAUAUACUCAUAUAUGAUUAUUAUAAAGCAUAAAUAUUUUAGUUGUUUUUUGUUUUUUGUUUCGCUUUUGUAUUGUUUUUGUAUUGUAUUUUGCGCCUCUUAAGAAUGCGCUGCUAAUAAAUCAUCUUAAUUGUUUAAGACCCCAAAGGCAAACAGUAGCAGCAACAACAACAAUAGUGACAACAACAACAAUAGCCAGCGAUAAUUGCAAUUAAAAAUGUAAAUUUAUUUGUAUAGCUUUUAUUUUUAGCAACUAUUAUAUACUAUAGACAACAAUAACAAUAACAACAACAACAACAACUAAUAAACUAAAACGCCCGACGCGCGCCCUAUUGCAAUUUACAA